UUACUUUCAAGAAUUCUUCAAGAAAAUGAAACACAGCCGUGCAACCUUUGACGCCACCUUACCACGCCACCAUUAUGAUCAUCACCAGGUAAUUAAUGAGGUCUCUUCCCAUAAUGACCCUUGUAUCUCAUGUUUGUUAGAAGGAAUCCCUUGCUUGAAUUUUGGAAUCUCCAAGGAUUGCACCCUCAAGCUUCUUUCCCCUCACCUCAACAACACACCCUCCAAACACACACAUUCCCAACCCUCUAAAACCACCACCACCACCACCACCACACCACAAAAAUGAAGAAACAACAACUCCCCCAAAAUGAACAAGACACAACCCAAUACACCAAACUCCACCCCUCCCACAGCCUCCUCCACAACAUGGUCAUCUACUUCCUCUUCUUCGGGUCCGGCCUCGUCGUCGGCCUCACCCUCACCCUCUACCUCCCCCCAAGCCUCCAAUUCUCCCAAUUCUCCUCCUCCAUCCAAGAAACCUCCUCCACCCCAACCCCACCACCCCCGCCUCCGUCUCCGCCUCUGCACCACCCUCCCCCGCGCAUGCAGCCGCGGGCGGGGCUGAGGGACUUCCUCAGGGUCGAGGACAACGCGACGCACGACAUGACGGACGCGGAGCUCCUGUGGCGGGCGUCGAUGAAGCCGAAGAUCGAGGAUUUUCCGUUCAGGCGGACGGCGAAGGUGGCGUUCAUGUUCCUGGCGAAGGGGGACCUGCCGCUGGCGCCGCUGUGGGAGCUCUUCUUUAGAGGGCACCAAGGCUUGUAUUCCAUCUACGUCCAUUGUCAGCCUUCUUACAAAGGGACUUUUCCAAAGGGUUCGGUUUUUCAUGGCAGAAGAAUUGCUAGCAAGGAGGUAGAAUGGGGCAAGAUCAGCAUGGUCGCAGCUGAACGCCGGCUGCUGGCGAACGCGUUGCUAGAUGUGUCGAACCAACGUUUCGUCCUCCUCUCCGAGGCAUGCAUCCCUCUCUUCAACUUCCCAACGAUCUACAGCUACUUGAUGAAAUCCCGAACCUCAUUCGUAGAGUCAUACGACAAGGAGGGCCCCGUGGGGCGUGGGCGCUAUGACCGCCACAUGAUGCCCUUGGUGACCAUUGAAGAGUGGCGGAAGGGGGCCCAGUGGUUCGAGAUGGACCGGGAGCUGGCCCUCGAGGUCAUCUCGGACCACGUCUACUUCACCCUUUUCAAGAACUACUGCAAACCCGCUUGCUACUCGGACGAGCAUUACCUGCCCACUAUGAUCACCAAACACUUCCCUUUCAAGAACGCUAACCGGACUUUGACUUGGGUUGACUGGUCCCGGGGCGGGCCCCACCCGCUGAAAUUCAUCCGCCUCGACGUCACCCCGGACAUGCUGAACCGGAUGAGGGGCGGCACGGAGUGCAUCUACAAUGGGAGGCCCACCAAAGUUUGCUACUUGUUUGCUAGGAAGUUCACGGUCAACGCGUUGGACCGGUUGUUAAGGUUUGCACCAAAGUUGAUGAAAUUUUGAUUUAUGAUUUAAUUAAUUAAUUAAUUAUAUAAUUAAUUAAUACACACGCACAAAAGCACAACUAUAGCAUACACCAAAUUAAUUUAGUUAUUCUUUCAAAUUUCUUCAUGGUCAAGUGAUCAUGUGUAUGCACCUCUUGGCUUAUUAUACAACUUAAUUAGGGAGUUUGUUUUCAUGUGUCUGAAUUUUGUGCUCAAAUUCUGUCCAUAAAGGUAGAGAUGCGACAGUAGGGAAACCUCGUUCCCUAACAAAUGGAUGUGUGUAUAUUGUAAUUGUUGAUUGAUUGAA